AUGGACACCGCCCCUGUGUUGAGACCCAUACAGUCCCUCACACUGGACUUGCCUCCGAGUUGCCUGCAAUUCUGCCGCAGGUACCCCUGCUACUUUGUUGUUGGCACCUACAACUUACAGUGCGAGGAGGAGAUAGCUGAGGCCGAACAGAGCGCCAAAAAGAUAUCGCAGAAUCGUAAUGGUAGCCUGCUGGUAUUCAACAUCGUUUCGCAGCCAUCUGCUUUGCUAGACGUUCGGUUCAAUAAUGAAGUCAAGCAGAAUGAUGAUGUUCUUGCCGUCGUCUCCAGCACAGGGACGCUCGCCAUUUUCAGGUUGGACGCCAGCGACAAGUCUCAGCCAUUGAAGCAUCUAGCCACCAGCAGAUGUGAGGACAUUGGGGAAGAUGUUCUCUAUCUCCAGUGUAAAUGGCAUCCAGUAUUAUCGAACGUGGUGGCCGUGACCACGUCCACAGGCAGCGCUCGCUUGCUGUACUUGGAUGAGCAGUGGCAAAUCUCGCAAUACGCCGACAUAAAUAUUGCAAACAGUCUCGAGGCGUGGUCUAUUGCACUUUCUCCUUCAUCACUGUCCUCAGCAACCCAGCCUUUUGAGACAACAGUGUACUGCGGUGGAGAUGACUCCAUCCUCCGCUAUACGUCUUGUAGCUGGCCUGCCGGGGAGUCGUCCGCGCUGCCGGAGGAGCUUUAUUCUCCUAUGAUUAUUAAAGGGAUUCAUGCCGCUGGGGUAACUUCCAUCUUGCCAUUGGAUCUAAGAACCGAUGAAGGUGGAAGAGUGGUCAUCACUGGAAGCUACGAUGACCAUUUGCGUGUGUUUCACAUUCACGAUUUACAUGAAGCUCAUGGCGCUCGUCGAGUUGAGCAAGCUUUGGAAGAAAAUCUCGAUGGUGGUGUUUGGAGACUGGAACUCAUCAGUCAAAGGAAAGAAAAGGAUGCAGUACAUAUAUUGCUUCUUGCAUCAUGCAUGCAUGGCGGUGCCCGAGUAGUCGACUUGAGCAUGGAAGAGGGAGGUUCAUGGUCGCUGCGGGUCGUCGCCAGAUUUGAGGAGCACAAGAGCAUGAACUAUGCCAGCGAUGUUGUAUUGAUCUUUAAUAAGGAUGCCGUCUACGAGGUAGUAGGCAGUAGUUACAAUGAGUAUAAAAAGCCCGGCAAUUAUGAGGAUGAGGUUUCCCCUCAAAUCAUGCAUACACACGUCGUCGCAGCAGCCGUCUGCAAAGUCUCGAACAUAGCAAAUAAUAAAACAACCGACAGCCAGGCAUAA